AUGAACCUGAAUCACGAGUCGGUUAAAAAGAUCCUCUCUAAGUACAAGUUUCGCGAUGUCGCUAUUGAGGAACUACAGAAAGUUUACCGAAUGUAUCCUGAUAUGAAAGCUGUAGCUGAUACUUACACAUACAGUGACAGUUCACAAAAGGAUCUACUGAAACUGGUGGGCAACGUUCCAGUUAAAUACCAAGGUCAGUCCUACAAUUUGCCCAUUCAGUUGUGGCUGUUGGAUUCGUUUCCUUUUACACCACCUAUAUGCCUGCUUCGCCCUACUGCCAGCAUGGUGAUUAGAGAGGGCAAGCACGUGGAUGCCAAGGGCCGAAUCCACCUGCCUGCACUGCACAACUGGGACCAUCCCAAGUCCUCUGUAAUUGCACUGCUGGAAGAGAUGAUUGCUAAGUUUGAAAAUGAUCCACCUCUGGGCAUGAAAUAUACAGUAGAUGGGAAUGACCCCAAUGAGCUGCUUGCACAAGUAAACUCUCAUCUAAAUAUCACUGAAGGUGGAGUUCGACAUGAUCAGAAAGUAAAUAAGGUGUCAGUGAUUGGAGGAGGUGAUCUGGGAGUGGCUGCUGUGUUGAGUAUUUCAGCAAAAGGUGGUGCAGACAAAAUUGUUUUGAUUGACAUAACGGAGAGUUCAACCAAAGGCGGUACAAUGGACUUGGAGAUUUUCAAUUUGCCAAAUGUGGAAGUCUCAAAAGAUCUGUCAGCAUCAGCAGGCUCCAAAGUGUUGGUGGUCACUGCAAAUGCAUGGAGUAAUGAUCAGUCAUAUGUGAGUGUGGUGCAGACUAACGUGGAUCUGUACAGAAGAAUUAUCCCCAGCCUGGCACGCCUCAGUCCCAACGCAGUGCUGCUCAUCGCCUCUCAGCCUGUGGACAUAAUGACCCAUGUGGCAUGGAGACAGAGUGGCCUGCCACCGACACACGUGAUUGGUGCAGGUUGUAACCUGGAAUCUGAGAGGCUCACUCACAUCAUUAACACUGCACUGCUGGCCAACAACAUAAACAAACAAGCAUGGGUUAUUGGAGAACUUUCCGACAACAAGGUUGCUGUAUGGAGUAAUGUAGGCCAUGGUGGGGACAAGCCCCAAGUGUUGGUUCCAGUGUCUAACUCCACAAGGCCACUAAUAGACAGGGGGUUAGAGUUGAUAAAGGGGAGAGGUCAGAGGUCGUGGUCAGUGGGACUGUCCAUCGCUGACAUCACACACACUAUCCUUACAGACCAGAGAAAAAUCCACUCCAUCACCACUCUGGCUCAGGGAUGGGGAGGCAUCGGUUCUGAGGUGUUUUUAAGUUUGCCCUGCGUGCUGGGAGCAAAUGGAUCCACCCGCCUGGCAGGAACGACUCUCAGCACUGAAGACGAUGCCAAACUCAGGGAAAGUGUCACAUCUCUUAGCAACUUCUUUAAGCAGCUCAAUAUAUAACCCAUUACCUCAAACAUUACACUCACAUUACCAGCGGAAAGAUUCAAAACAACAGUAGCAUCAUGGUGUUCAGAUCAUCCAGAUUCACAUUUUCACUAUAAAUUCUGCUUAAUCACA